AUGUCGGGUUCAGCUGUUGCAAAAAUAGUUGGUAAUAAUGUCAAGAAACUUCAGAAGUUCGCCUCCACGGUCAAGAUGUGGGUCUUUGAAGAAACGGUUAACGGGAGAAAACUGACAGACAUCAUAAAUAAUGACCAUGAAAAUGUGAAAUAUCUCCCUGGACACAAGCUGCCAGAAAAUGUGGUUGCCGUCUCAAACCUCAAAGAGGCCGUGCAGGACGCAGACCUGCUGGUGUUUGUCAUUCCCCACCAGUUCAUCCACAGGAUCUGCGACGAGAUCACCGGGAAAGUGCCCAAGAAAGCCCUGGGAAUCACGCUCAUCAAGGGCAUAGACGAGGGCCCAGAGGGGCUGAAACUCAUUUCUGACAUCAUCCGAGAGAAGAUGGGCAUUGACAUUAGCGUGCUGAUGGGAGCCAACAUUGCCAAUGAGGUGGCUGCAGAGAAGUUCUGUGAGACCACCAUCGGCAGCAAAGUAAUGGCAAACGGCCUUCUCUUCAAAGAACUUCUGCAAACCCCAAAUUUCCGGAUCACAGUGGUUGAAGACGCAGAUACGGUUGAGCUUUGUGGCGCUCUUAAGAACAUCGUAGCAGUGGGAGCCGGCUUCUGCGACGGCCUGCAUAGCGGAGACAACACCAAAGCUGCCGUCAUCCGCCUGGGACUCAUGGAGAUGAUUGCCUUCGCCAGGAUCUUCUGCAAGGACCAGGUGUCCACAGCCACCUUCCUGGAGAGCUGCGGCGUGGCCGACCUGAUCACCACCUGCUACGGGGGCCGGAACCGCAGGGUCGCCGAGGCCUUUGCCCAGACUGGAAAGACCAUUGAGGAACUGGAGAAGGAGAUGCUGAAUGGGCAGAAGCUCCAAGGGCCUCAGACGUCUGCCGAGGUGUACCGCAUCCUCAAGCAGAAGGGGCUGCUGGACAAGUUUCCAUUGUUUACUGCGGUCUAUCAGAUCUGCUAUGAAGGCAAACCCGUUCAAGAGAUGCUGUCUUGUCUGCAGAGCCAUCCAGAACAUUCAUAAAGUGGAUCAUGAAGCGUGUCGGGCAGGGUUCUGCCUUUCCGAUCAGUUCGUUGGGUUCAAAUGGAAACUGGGACUUGGCCACAAGAUGUUUGCUUGGCUGUAACUCCAUCAUGGAUGUGUAUGAAUUUUUACAGGCUCGUUUUUGAAUUUUGAGAAGCAGAUCAUUGGCUAAGAGGUACUGGGCAACAACUAGACGCACAUAGGUGAACGCGUGUGAGUGUGUGUUCAUUUCUCAUUCUGUGGAUGUCUGCAUGAACCCAAAUUAAAAGUCCUUUUUUAAAAAUACCUUUGAAACUCCCACUGUGGUAGCUUAUGAGAUUGGAACUAUCUCAGCUAAAUUUUCUUAGAUCUAAUUCAUAUGUCUUUGAGUGAAGGAAUUAUUUUUCAUUCUUUUGAUGGUGAAAUUUACCAGCAUUAAUAACGUGGUAGAAUGGGUGAGUGCGUUCAAAGAUCAACAGACUUUAAUGACUUUGAUUGUGAGUUGAUCUUUUUUUUAACAACUGGAUGUUUUUAAUUAGGUAACCCACUAAGUAGCCUCCUCUCACUGCAGUUUUCUGCGUUUUUAGCCCCUUUUCUCUUCCUGAGCUGCCGGGAUGUGCUUUCAGAAGGGGGCAGCAAAGGCAGAACACAGAAGACUCACCUGAGAUUUUCCUGCUGUGACUGACACAUUCUCCUGGUUAACAACACUUGUCUGAUGCUUUUUGUUAGGUAGCACUUCUGUGCAAACAUUUCCUUUGAGCUUCACAGAUCCUCUGAGAGGGGCUGCUAUUAUUCCUGUUUUAAGGUGUUGUCACUGUGCCUGGUCACCUGGUAAGGAGGGAGCAGAGCCAUGAGUCAAGUCUAGUGCUCCCCCGUCCCACCAGGGUGCCCGGGGACCUUCUCAGAUGGCACUGGGCUGAUUUGACCCCCAGCUAAUUGGUUGUGGCAGGUGCCAUAUGCAGCCUUUCCUGAGGCCAUGGGAGGGCUUCCUGCAGCUGAGAUUUGGGGGGGGCAUUGUCUAGACCAAUACCACUCAAAGCGUGGCCCUCACUCCAUCAGCUUCACUUGGAGUCUCUUAGACACAGGUUCCCAGGUCCCACUGCAGACCUGUGAAGUGGGGUGUGGUAUCGAUGCUUUAACACACCUUCCAUGUGAUUCUGAUGUUCCCUAUGAUUUUAGAAGGACUACUUUAGAAAAUUUACUCUGGAACAGCAUUUCUCAAACCCUGUUCCCUAGGAAACUAGUGUUCUGGGGUCCUGUGGCAAGUGCUUCUGGGUGUUCCCUGGCAGGGUCAAGUGAGUUUGGGGAAAGCUGAAUCUUGAAGGUGUAGAAUGUAUGUUAGUGGAACCAGUUUAUAUAACCCAGCCAGUCCCAAACACAUUAGAUUAUGGAGGUUUUUUUUUUUUUGGCAAGGAAACUGGCCAAAGUUUCCAGGAGACACUGACCUCAGUAUAACUCAAAUAUGCCCUUCACUCCCUGUACGAAAUCAGGAUGAGUAAAUACCUGUGGUAGGUAGUUCCCCACUUUCACAGUUCAGGUCUGCCGUGAAGCUUUGCUGAAGCUUUAAGGUGACACCGACAAGUACGACCAAGUGGGUGUCGGCCUCGCUGCAACGCACAUUAUGAAGAAUAAGUGCUUUUAAUUCUAGAAUUAGAAUGGGAAUUACUGUAUCUUCUUCAGUGAGAUUGGUUUCAGGAUAGGAUUAUAAUUACCUUACAUAGCACUUAAUAAACUGUUAAGGGAACAUAUGAAUGUCACUUAUAUAUUUAUGGAUUUUCAGUCACUUUGUGAGGUUUUUGACCUUUUUUUAUGUUCCAGUUUGGGACUUUUUUCUUUCUAUACUGGAAAUGAUUGUAGAAUAGAUUUUUGUGGGAAUUUUUAAAACUCGGUCCCAAACAUUUUGGGAGCAUUAUAAAGCCCCAUCCACAGAAGUAUAUGAAAGCACACAAAAAUGCUCCAAGUUUUAUUGAUUUUAGUGCCACUAUUAAGUUAAUCAAUUUUUGCCUGUCUCAUGAUUAAUCUUUUUUAAAGUUUGUACAUAGGUAACAAGGUGUUACUUUUUAAGAUACAUAAAGGGCUGCAAGCUAAUUGUGGUGUCUAUUAAUUAGAAUAAUCAGAGGUGAGGAAUUCUGUCUUUUGUAUGUUCCCAUCUGCAUUCAAAUUCCUGCUUUGGGCUUUGUACUGAGUGUUUUUCUUUACAAUGCUCUCUUACCACUUGGAAAGUCUGCCGACUGUACCUCUUGAACAUACUUAUGAUAACCUGCAUAUUAUGGGAAAAGGCAAAUUUUAUGAGUUUGUGCUCUGCUAACUGUAGAUAUUUAUUACUCUAUGAGUUAUCUAUUUUUGUAAUCACCUGUGGUCUAUCAUCUCUCACUAAUUACGGUAAUAAAGAGGGAGACAUCCAGAAGAGAAGCUUAAAUUGUACUAUUUCAGCUGAUCUGUGAAUGUAAAAACUACACUGUUGCCUUGUUAUAACCCAGUCCACUAUUAGGCGGAAGAGUUAUCUGUCUUGAAAUCCAUCCUAGCAGGUAGAGUUGAGCUAAACUCCUUCUGGUUUUUCAUUAAACUAUCAGAAGGCCCCAUAGCAUUGGCCCAAAGAGUGGCGAGGCUCCAGUGUGCAAGGGGUUGUGUAGUUUUUCCAAUAAUUCUAAUCAAAGAGCAUUUUACAUGUGUAUAAUAUUUGUUUACAGACUGUAGGUGGAUAUAAUUGAUAAAAUUUGAAAGUUUGGUUUAAUAAACAUUUACCCCCCCUCCCCAAAA